GAUGAGGAUCCUAAGAAUGCAUGGGUGUAUCUGUUAGAGAAUGACAUUGUGGCCAUAUUGAACCAGAUACCAAUGGUGGAGGCGUACCAACACAUCAUGCUCAUGACAAGGAACAAUGAUGGUUCGCUGGGCUACAAUGUGAAGCUGACUACCGACACGGUGAUAAUUAAGUUGUUUGCCUUCUGUACGUGUCUGAUAAAUCUGCUGGGAUGGGGCCUACAGACCCACAAUCAGGGGAGAUACCGUCAACUCAACAAGCGUAUAGGCCGAAUGAUCAGACAAUGUGUACAGUAUGUCUCUGACCACUGGGAGAAUUUCCGAGAGGCUAACCGACACCUGUUACCAUGGGAACUGUUGGAGAGACUACAAUUGGAGUACAGUCAAUUCUUCCUCAGGGCUACAAAUUGUAUACUUACUGCCCAAAGACUAGGGUGUUGGCAGUUCAUGACAGACAUGCCCUACUCCACACUAUCAGGAGAAAUGGCCUGGCAGCUCGUCUGGCUAUUCCACCAGGGACGUGGACAGACUAUCAACCUUGAUGCUCUGCCUUCAGAAGAACUCUGUAGGAAGUUUAUCUCCAACCCCGACAGUAGACAACAAUUGUGUGACUCCGUACAACAUUUACCAACAUCAGAAGCUAUCUACCUCCUCACAGCGCUGGCCAAUAUUGCCCAGAGUAGACAACAGCAGGAAAGUGAAAUCAUACACGCCAUCUCUCUGUGUGUGUUUCAGGUGUGUUAUGUGUGUAGUAACACCAGGGAGAUGUGCUCGAAGGUUGGCAGGGAACUUCUGGCUGCCAUAGCAACCAUCCACCCAUUUGUCUUGUCUCUGUUGGUACAGGAGGCCAAAGACAACCUGGAUAGCAUCGGCAUGAUGGCUGUUUACCUGUUCAAAGAGCUUCCGUUUGACUUAUGGUUGCCAAGGGAAAAUGAUUUUGAUGUGAUAAGGCAGUGGUUACUGGCUACAGACCUGACCAACCCUGGUAACCAGGUGGCUCGACUAGUCCUUAACAAGAUCAACUGGGGGGUGGAGCCUGAGACAAAUCGCCUCUUUGUACCAUAUGACUUCCACAAGAUGACAGCCGUUCUUCUGACAGAAGCCUACGGAAAAUUUGUAACCAACAAGAACCUUGGUUUCUGGUUCUUGGAGGGGAUGAAACAGGUGGCGUUAGUAGUGAAGCAGCAACAAACCAAUGAGCAGCAGUUUAACAACUGGUGUUGGGAGGUGGUGAUGAAGCUCCACCUACACAUCAGUUGUCUCCCCUUGCCUGACCUUGCCAUGUUUAAGUCUGCUGGGGGUCCACCUGACAUCUCCAAGGACAACUCACUGCUGGCUGUGUCUAAAGGAGUCAAGGAAAAAAACCCUAUGGCCAGUUUUAUAGCUGCCAUAGGCACGAGUCAGGGCCACAAUGCCACAGAGUUCCUGGCGGAAGGUCUGGGCCAGCUUUGUUGUCUGGUAGAGAACAACCAUUACAGACCAGCACUUCUUGUUCUUAACUGUACCAGCUCACUGUUCCUCAACAACCCAAAAGUCGUCACAGAAAACGACAGGUUCAUGAAGUGCAUCAGUGGUAUUUUAGGGGCUGAUGAUUCCUUCCUCAAAGUCAGUAAGCUGUGGAGCGUGGAUUUCCCUGGACCUAUGACCAAGCUCUUCUCCUGUAUGAUACAGGACUGUAUAGAUAAGGCCGCCAGUUUGCCGGGUAGUUCAGCACUGUUUGUGGCGGUAGAUUUCUGGAUUCGAGUCAUCAUUAAAACCCCUAAGUGGUUCCAGGAUAAGAACUGCUGCUUUAUUGUGGAUAACCUGGUAAAGGUGGCCUUCACCCACAAGGUCGGAAUGGAGUUGAUACAGCCAGCAUUCCAGGAGACUUUUCAGAGCCACUACAAGGAGAGUGCCCAGCAGGGGGCUAUGUCCACCCUAGUCAGCUGGAUGUCGUCAGGCAGUAAUUGUGCGAUGAUUCCAUCCCUUGUUGAGCGUAUGGCCACUCCAGAGGCCUUCAGUUGGCUCACCUUCAUUAUACUGGACAUAGAGUACCGUGCAGAAGCUGAAAUGAAGGUGUGGCUCACACUGAAGGAAGAAAUACACACAGAGCCAAAGCUGUCACCGGAGCAGGCUCUCAAGAAGGCCGUCACCAAACUGAAGUUACAGGUAUCCCCCGGCCUACACAGCCUGAACAUCUACAGAUGGGGACGUCAGGCUCUCGACAUGGACAUAGAACAUCCUAUGGCACCCCUCGUCUGGCAACGCUUCUUUGGCCUAUUUCUCGGUCGUAUGGUGUCCCAGGUCAGCAUGCAGCAGCGAGCUAGUGUUGGGGAGAAGUUCUAUGAUGUCAGUAAGCAUACCUCUGAGCUGAAGAAGAUGAAGAAGAAACUAAAGGAAGCUGUGGAUUAUCAUAUGAACUAUCAGUCAGAGAUACAGCACAAGGAAGCAGAGUCCAGCAGAGAGGAGGAAAGACGAGAGGAGACUGGUGAGGUUCAAACGUUAGAAGACCAAUCCUUUCUACCCAGGCGUGACUUUCACCAACAACUCACAAGACUGUACCAAACGUUUCAACUGUGGACAGAGGAACCAAUGUUACAUGAUGCUAAACUCUACCUACCUGCCCUCCCCCCACAGUAUCAGUCAGAUAGACUGCUCCUAUUGUUUCAGAACCAAGUGGAUCCAUGGUUGGAGUUAGUCGACCAUGACAGAGUGGUGUUUGAUGAUCCAUGGCUUGAGUUAGUCGACCAUGACAGGGUGGUGUUUGAACUGGCCCAGCUGACAAGUGAGUGGAACACAUCACUUCUGGGUUCAGAGGUCAAACAUACUGUUACCAAGGAAACAGGGAGUGCACAGACAGCCACAGAAAAGAUAAUUAAUCGUCUAGAGCGCCACGAUCCUGUUCAGAAUUUGCCUGACUUACAGCCACUGAAGGCAGUUGUGGAGGACAUCGGUAUCUCUGUGUUACAAGACAAAGCAGCCAUCAUGCAUGUCCUGAAGGCUGACCUUAACACCUUAAAGGAAUAUGCUAAGUCUUUCCAUGUCCGGACGUCCCAGCAUGUGGCCUGUGAUGAUGAUUUUGGCAGACUACUACCCCAACUGUACUACAACAGACCUAAACAGGUGAAAGUCACGAUAGAGUGCAAGAGUGUCAUCAACCCUUUACACAAGUGUUCUAACCCAGCCGUCGUCGUCGUUAAUAUCAGAGAAAAGGCUACAGAUGAAGUAGUCCAAAGGCAGACAGACGAGAACCGAGCAGAGUUCAAACAGCUGUUGAUAGAGGGAAUCAACCCUCCCCCACAAGUUGUGUGUGUGUCUGUUGUACAUGUGGAGAAUGCCAUCACGAUGUUGGUAAAACUUUCGCGGAGCUGUACAGAUGACACACAACUGUCGCACUACAAUGAUGUUGCAUGCUCAUUCUUCUUCCACCUGGCGGAAUCAUUCAACCAUGAUAUUCAGUUUUACCCACCGACUCGACAAUUCUUUUCCUCGUGUAUGGACUUACUUGGGAAGGAAUUUAUACAACAAAACACAAGUCAGACUGAGCUUGUACUCCAGUUCUCCUUGGACAACCCAACCAUGGCAGGUCACAUGUCCCCACAUUUCAUUCCCCUCAAUACUGCCCACCGUUACGUGACUAUGUAUGAAUGUCUGGUCCAGGUCCUACAACGGCAGGCCCCUCAUCUGGUGUUUACACUUCUCACCAAGUUUGACAUUGAUGAAUGGCUUACUAAGACAACUCCUGCACAAGUAGAGAUCAAGCGGUAUGGAGAGGUGUUAGGAAGAGCCUUGUACAGUUGUGGGGCCAAUCCAGACAAUAAACACGAGCUCGUAUUUGAGAUUUACUGUACACAUCUGAACAAGCUGCUCCAGCACCGAUUUCCAAGCAAUGUAAUGGUGGUCCUUAACAUUCUACUACAGGGUUCAGACAACCAACAGAUCCAUGUAAAGUGUUGGAAUCUGUUACACAUGGCCUGCUUCGGGAACAAGGAAGGACAGCGGGAAGGGACACCUAGUAAGGAAACUGACCAGGAGGUGACCACAGCCUUGACAACUGAUCAGGUACAGGAGGUACUACAAUGGAUCGGUACAUACUACCUCCAGCUGAGGACAUCCUCUAUCGACCUGUCCAUGUUUGGUCUCUACCCCAGCCUACAACAGUACAUCCCCUACCUAAGGUGUAUCAUCAGAGAUUUACUCGUCUGUCUCACUCAGAAGGUGGCACCACAGAUACAGGAUGGUAACUAUAACCAAGUGCUGGACAUGUUGUGGCAGACAACACUUGCAACCUUUAACCCCUGGUUACAGCCAAUCGCUAAGCAGGAUGGACCGCUGUUUCCAUGGAUACAGGCUGAUGCAGAAUCUGGCAAAGAGAUGGUGAAGGCGUUUCGUCACGUUGUGUAUAACAUCCACACAACCUUCCAGUAUGUCUGUGUGCCGUACCAACGAGACAUCCUAUCGGAGGUGUGGCAGUACUUUGCCUGUGUGCUGUGUACCAGGACCACACCCCCACAUGUAAGCCAGGUCUUCACAGAGGUCCUGAAACAUCUCCCGUGGGACAGACUAACCCCAAACAUCUCUGUCCUCAACUCCAUGGUGCAGCUGAAGGACACCAACAGUACAGAGAGUUUUGAGUUACUGGCCUACAUCGUGUGUCAGGUCGACUGGACCAGUGUAUUACAAUACUACAGCCAACCCUACCCUGGAGAGUCCUACCCGGGCGAGGGGCAGGGCAUAGUCCUCGGCUGUGUCCUCAUCCUCCUCACACAGAGCUUCGGGGAUCAGAAACAUAUUGAGAUUCCAAUGCUGGAGCAGAAGAUGCAGAUAGCGGAGAAAUACGAUUGGCAGAUGUUGACAUCUGACAGUUUCCGCCAUGCCUGUAACUGGCUGCUUCAGACAUGUGACCCCACAUGUGUGUUGGUGGAGAGGUCGUCAUCAACUGCUCUAGGAAUUAGGUUGAUUAAGGCAGCGUCCGGAUUUAGUGUCCAGUACUCUGGCCAGUGGUCAUCCGAAUUGUCCGCCAAACGUCAGUGUUAUGUUCACACAGUUGUCCAGCUCCUGUGUCAGUGUACGUUUUCAGCCAGCAUCAACCUGGGGACUCUGGCCACCGCUAUACUUAACCUGAUGACAGAAGUGGAAACUGUCGGAGCCUCAGUGGUGGACUUGAGAAUGCAGCAAGACGAAACUUUAGAUUUGGUCAAAGAAAUCUUUGGUUUACUGAACAACUGUAACCCUGAGAACAAUUCCCUGGAUGUUGUCAUGACGACGGUUGUCGAGUGGCUGCAGUCAUCACCACAAAGUAUCCUACUGUUGCCAUGUGUCAAGGCUGCAUCUCGUUGUCUUGCCUCCCACACACAGAUUGUCCGCAUUGUGGAGGAAUGUAUUUAUGUGUACUUCAAGGGAGGUAUGGACCAGACAGCUGGUGGUGGCUGGGACCAAGUAUUGGCUGCCAUACAGAUACCGGACCUGAACACUGAAGAGUUCCUGGAGACUGCCCUACACGAGGGGUCGUAUCUGUUGUUGUACGGCUACUGUGUCCUUCAACAAGCCCUCUGUGUAGAUGUUAAAGAAUUUUCUUACCUUGUAAACGUUUUACUGAACUGGAUAAACACAGCCAAACCAACUGCUGACAAUGAGUCGAAGAUGAUGCUGUUGUGCUUCAAGUUCCUAGAACUUGUGAUUCAGCAGCUUGACUUUGGAACCAAACAUGCAAACUGCAUCAAGAGCCUUAAUACGUUUGUGACAUCCCUACACCAGCUAGGCGAGGACCGAGCCUCAACAGGGAUCCUUGGAGCUAUUGGGUUUGGCAAACGAUCCACACUCUCCAUAAAAUUCCGUGUUGUUGCCCGCAGCCUGUCUGCUAUGGUUUCCUCCCAGAUUUACGGAGAGACUGUACUACGCAUGCAACCAAACGAACCACUGGCCAACACCACACAGGCCAAGACUGAGAUUGGAGCUCUUCAGGCCCUCAAGUCCAAUAAACAGUACCAACAACACCGCAGUGAGAUCCAAUCAGCAUGUGAUAUUGUGAAGAAUGAACUUUGCUGUCUGCGGGAUGUGUUCAUACUCCUGCGUAAUUUGUGUGUGGCAUUCUACCCCGACAAGGAAUAUCUCUCUGUGGUUCACCAGUACAAAUAGCUCCAGGUCAUGUGAUCUGAUUCACCAGUACUAAUACCUGGGUGACUCCAGGUCAUGUGAUCUGAUUCACCAGUACUAAUACCCAGGUGGCUCCAGGUCAUGUGAUCUGAUUCACCAGUACUAAUACCCGGGUGACUCUAGGUCAUGUGAUCUGAUUCACCAGUACUAAUACCCGGGUGACUCUAGGUCACGUGAUCUGAUGUGUCACCAGUAGAUUAUUUUUGAAUAUGUGUUAAAGUGUGGCAGGAGAAUGUAUAAUAUUGUUAUUUGACCGACACUUUUGUGUACCUUUUCAAUGUGAUGCUAUAAUUCGAUAACCAUGAAUAACCACUCCAUGAAAAUUCUCAUCUUGUGAUACAUUGAUGUAAAUAUCUCAUCUUGUGAUACAUUGAUGUAAAUAUAUCAUCUUGUGAUACAUUGAUGUAAAUAUAUCAUCUUGUGGUACAUUGAUG